UUUUUUUUUUUUUUUUGUUAUAUAAACGCUUUUAAUUUUUAUCCCGAUAUAUUUUUUGGUACUAGUCUUUUAGUUCGCAUAUAUUAUUUUAUAGAAAUAAUUACUUUAGUUUAAUUAACUUGUAAUAAUAUUACAUUAAAUACGUUAAAUAUGACUUCUUAUGUUGGUUUCGUCUUUCAAAAAAUCAAAAGUAAGGAGUUCCGGGAUUAUCUCAUGAGGCAUUUCUGGGGACCGGUUGCGAACUGGGGACUUCCUUUAGCUGCUAUAGCUGAUUCUCGAAAAGAUCCUGAAAUUAUAUCACCAAAAAUGACAAUCGCUAUGCUUAUAUAUUCCGCUACAUUUAUGCGUUUCGCUGUUAAAGUAAGACCUGCUAACCCAUUACUGUUUGCAUGUCAUUUCACAAAUGAAGGUGCACAAUUAUUACAAGGGUAUCGUUAUUUAGAUUAUUAUCAUUUUGGAGGGAAAGAAAAAAAAUUAAAACAAUUAGAAGAAAGUAAAAAAGCACCAUCACCUGUUACUUUAUAAAAAUCAUAGAACUAUGGUUUUGAAUUUUUUUUUAAAGAAGGGCAUGUUUUUAUUAGUGGCGUGAACGAAUUUUUUUUAAUAAUAAUAAAUCUGAUGAAUAAGGAAGUAGUAUUAAUGUUUAUUAAUUUUAUUAAUGUUUUGAAUCAAUCAAAUUGAUUUAAAAUGUAAUUUAUAUUUAUAUUUAUUAUAAAUUACUUUUUUUUU